AUGCUCGUUUCCCCGACCAAAGACAAGCUCUACUACGCUGUCCAGCUUAUUUUCCAGCAUGGCGAGAAGGUCUUCAAUAACAUCACAGAGUAUGAGGGCUUGAUUGUCGGGCUCAAGGCUGCGGCCAUCCUGGGGUUCAAGCGCCUCACCAUCAAGGCAAUUCUUGGCUUGGAGUUGCAGCAUGUCCCGCGAGGCACGAACAAGGAAGCGGACGACAUCGCCAAGCGGGCAUCACGCUGUGAGCCCCAAAUCCCUGGCGUCAUUGAAGAAAGGCUCUUCAAGCCAUCAGCCACACCCCCGACAACUGGCACGACGCUGGCUCGGGAGGAGUUGCCUCCCUCGCCGCUCACGGGUGCCCUGGCCCGCGGCUCGACCUCAGGAGCCCGCCUGCUCCUCGUAUUAGAACCUCAGGAGGGAAGUUGGACCAAGCAGUUCGAGGCAUACCUACUUCAUGACACCCUGCCGGAAAAGGAGGAGGACGCGGAGUGUGUGGCUCAUUGGUCCACCGCUUACUGCUUGCAGGGUGGCGAGUUGUACCGCAGGCGUCCUAAUGACAUCUCGCUAAGAUGCAUUUCAGAAGACCAAGGGCGCGAGCUGCUGGCCGAUAUUCAUGAGGGAGAGUGCAGGCAUCACUCUUCGUUGCGCACUCUCAUGGGCAAGGUGAUCCGCAUCGGGUUCUACUCAUCCAUGGCACUUCACGAUGCCACCGAUCAGGUUCAGUCUUGCGAGGCCUACCAAUUCCACGCCAAGCAGAUCCACCAGCCAGUGCAGGGGCUCCAAACAAUUCCACUCUCGUGGCCCUUUGCAGUCUGGGGGCUGGACAUACUGGAGCCAUUCCCUCGGGUUGAUGGCGGCUACCGCUACCUCUACAUAGCCAUCAAAAAAUUCACCAAGUGGGCGGAGGUGGAACCCGUGCGCACCACCCCAGUAGGCUCGGCUGUCAAGUUCAUCAGUGGCCUCGUCAGCCAGUUCGGCAUCCCCAACCGCAUCAUCACUGACAACAUAUGCUAUGCUUCGGUGGUGCACCCGCGAAGCAAUGUCCAGGCCGAGCGCGCCAACGCGGAGGUCCUCAGGGGCCUCAAGACUAUAAGCUUCAAGAAGAAGCUUGAGGCCUGCAGCAAGGGUUGGCUGGACGUGUUGCAGUCCGUGUUGUGGUCUAUCCGCGCCACCGUGACUAAGCCCACCGGCGAAACUCCGUUCUUCCUCGUCUACAGGGCUAAAGUGGUCCUUUCGCUUGAGAUCAAGCAUGGCUCCCCGCGGGUCUUGGCAUUCGGUGAGGCGCGCCAGGAUGCCGUGCGGGGAACCAAUCUCGUGCUUGGAGAGGAGGCCCGCCGCCAAGCCUCCCUCCAUGCUGCGAGGUACCAGCAGGCCCUGCAGCGCUACUAUAGCCGCAACAUCCGCUCCCAGACACCUGAGGUGGGUCCUCUCCAGGGAGGGCCUCCAGAAGCUCGUGCCCAUGUGGGAGGGCCCGUUCAGGGUUGA